CCUUGAGGCCAGCUUGCCUCAGUCGGAUUCUUUCAAGCUUCCAGAUUGGACCCUAGCACCUUCUCCUCCACUUUCCACUGCCGCAUUACGGAGUCGAUGGAUGCAUUAUCGUAAUCUUGACCCUGUCUCUCAUUCCUGUCAUCCUGACCCUUCCACUCCUUCCUCCCUUCAUGUUCGAGCCCCGUCUCAGCACUCUCUUUCCGCAGCUCAUCAACCCGACGAGGUAGAACUUGACCAACUAGCAUGCACCAGCAAUAAUCGCAGCAAUCACAAAGGCGAAAUAAACACAGAAGAGCUUGAGACUUCUUAUCCUGCACCCUCAGAUUUCGAAUCCGACUCGGACUGUGAGGACGACACGGCGGGCACGCGACUUCUUGAGCACCACCGCGGACGAAGCAGUACACAGAUGAAGAACAAGAGUCGCACAGUUUCAAAACGUCGCUCCAAACCGAGCUUGACCCUCGCGACUGGCACGCAGAACGGUUCUGCUGGCGGCGAGAUGAAUUCCAAUAUUGAAAUGCGCAAGAGGGAUACCUCCCUCGAAUCAUCGGGUGGGCGGGCCUCGCGCUUGAUGUCCCGGCAGAGCUUCUCCUUGAAUGAUGACCCCCCGAUCACUCCACAGACUCCGGCUAUGACAACAACUAGCUUCGCCAACUUGCCUUCCUCCGACCGAAGAAACUUCUUGCUUUUAUGUGUUCUAUAUUUCCUGCAGGGAAUCCCUAUGGGGUUGGCCACAGGAUCCGUUCCGUUCCUGCUAAAACCAUACCUUUCCUACGGUCAGAUCGGCGUUUUCUCGUUAGCAUCUUACCCUUAUUCUUUGAAGCUUCUCUGGAGUCCGAUUGUCGAUGCAGUAUGGAGUCAAAGGUUUGGGAGACGGAAGAGCUGGAUCACACCUGUCCAGGUCAUUGCGGGCCUGGCAAUGAUCUAUCUGGGUGGACACAUUGAAGAGAUGAUGGUACGGGCCGGUGCCAAUGGUGGUGCUGGCGUCUGGAAUUUUACGUACUGGUGGUUCCUGCUCGUCUUUUUCUGCGCCACCCAGGAUAUUGCGGUGGACGGCUGGGCCAUCACGCUCAUGUCGCCUCCGAACAUCUCUUACGCCUCGACCGCGCAGACCGUUGGCCUUACAGCCGGGCAUUUUCUGUCAUAUACGGUCUUUCUGGCCUUCAACUCAAAGGAUUUCGCGAACCGCUGGUUUAGAACGGUUCCCGGCGAGGAUGGCCUGCUGUCUUUGGGCGGAUAUCUGAAAUUCUGGGGUUGGGCUUACCUAUUUGUCACGAUCUGCUUGGCUGUUAUGAAGAAAGAAGAAAAGACAAGGGAGCGGGACAGCAUCACCGAUGUCUACAAAAGCAUGUGGAACAUCCUGAAACUCAAGAACAUCCAAACAAUCAUUGUGAUUCAUCUAAUCGCCAAGAUUGGUUUCCAGGCCAAUGAUGCCGUCACCAGCUUGAAGCUGUUGGACAAGGGAUUCGGCACGGACAACAUGGCGCUGGUCGUUUUGAUCGACUUUCCUUUCGAGAUUGGUCUUGGCUACUAUGCUGGAAAAUGGUCGACAGAAUAUACUCCCAUGCGGCUGUGGUGCUGGGCGUUUAUUGGACGACUGGCUGCAGCCGUCCUGGCUCAAGCUACUGUCAUGAUCUACCCGGCCAGCGAGGCGGUUCCUUUCUGGUACAUUUUGGUUGUGAUUGGGGAGCACGUCUUUUCGACAUUCAUGAACACAGUCAUGUUCGUUGCAGUAUCUGCUUUCCAUGCUCGCAUUGCUGAUCCCGCCAUUGGUGGAACAUACAUGACCCUGUUGGCAACCGUUUCUAAUCUUGGUGGCACAUUCCCUCGGUACUUUAUCCUCAAACUCGUCGACUUUUUCACCGUGGCCACCUCGGAGAAGCUGAAGGGCGAUUUGAUCACAUCUGCGUUCUCUUGCGCCUUGGAGCCUGACAAGAACCGCUGCGUCAACGGCGGCGGAGUGUGCGAAACCGGUCGCGACGGCUACUACAUCACCAACAUCCUGUGUGUGUUGAUUGGAACAGUCACCUUUAUCAUGUUUAUCCAGCCUGCGGUCCUGAAGCUCCAGAGUUUGCCUCUAAGGGCAUGGAGAUUGACCAAUGGAGAUCGGUAG